AUGGCCUCCGCCGGUCUACAGAUUCUGGGCAUUUCCCUGGCUAUCAUCGGUUGGAUCGGUGACAUCAUAAUCUGCGCGCUCCCCAUGUGGAAGGUGACUGCUUUCAUCGGCAAUAACAUCGUAACCGCGCAGGUCUCCUGGGAGGGCCUGUGGAUGAGUUGUGUGAUCCAGAGCACGGGCCAGAUGCAGUGUAAGGUCUACGACUCCAUGCUGGCCUUACCUCAGGACCUCCAGGCCGCCAGGGCUCUGGUCGUCAUCUCCAUCCUCGUGGCCGUGUUCGGCAUCCUGCUCUCCGUGGCUGGGGGGAAGUGCACAAACUGCAUCGACGACGAGGCUGCCAAGUCCAAGGUGGCCAUCGCAUCCGGCGUGUUCUUCCAGGUCGCCGGCAUCCUCUGCCUGAUCCCCGUGUCUUGGUCUGCCAACACCGUCAUCAGGGACUUCUACAACCCGCUUCUCAUUGACGCGCAGAGGAGAGAGCUGGGCGCGUCGCUGUUCAUCGGAUGGGGCUCUGCUGGCCUGAUGCUCAUCGGCGGCGCACUUCUCUGCUGCCAGUGCCCAAAGCGCAAGGAGGGUGGGUACUCUGCCAAAUAUUCCGCCCCGCGCUCUGCCGCCAGUGGAGCGGCCUACGUCUGA